GCUCAACCGCUGAGGAUGACGGCUACGUGCUGGUGGCUGUCCACAACGCCGCCACCGGCAAGGGGGACCUGGCCAUCCUGGAUGCCCGCGCCCUGGGGGCCGGCCCAGUGGCAACCAUCCACAUGCCGCACCUGCUGCCUGCGGGGCUUCACGGCAGCUUCUCAGAGGAGAUCUUCCACGAGGGCGGCCCGGCGGAGCCCAAGUGGGUGGAGCCGACGGUCAUCAGGCAGAUCUAG